AUGACUUCAUUCGCCGGCGUGUUUGCCGCCAUGUCAGCUGGCACGAGCUGGGAAGAAAAGGUGUCUCCAGAUACCUUGGGCGAUGAGCUUGAGGAGGCAUAUGGUGAGAUAUUUACUCAGAUCCUCAACUCGACCGAGAACUUCGUUGGGAACAUGUUUGGCGGCGUACCUCCCACCGGAUGGAGUGAAAACAAGAUGACGGACUUUAUUUAUGAGCUUUUCCGUGAUGGUGACUGGCUCAGCAGGAGCAUUACAAAGCCGUUUAUGGACCAAUAUAUCAGCCAAGUACAGGCCAAAUGGGAUGAAUUCGCUGUUGUAAAGGCCAUGAAGUCGAGGAACAAAGCUGAUUAUUUCCUCAUGGUCAGUGACCACCACAACGGUGUUGGUACGGUCCAGCCUACCAGGACAUGUCUGAGCAGGUGUGCAGGGAUCACAUGGAAGGCUGCCUCUGGCACGAGAAGCGCUGGAUCUGUUUUGGCUCUAAAGGAAACGAUCCAGGAAGCAUCGGUGGAGCACGAAACCUCCAAGGCGAUGAACUCAAGACAGACGCUCGAGGGUUGUGUUUUUGACUACGAAGCAGCUCUCAAGAACAACUAUGACUGUGUAAAGUAUUGGAUCGACAACCCGAAGCGUCUCGUUUCUGUCAAUGACAAUGUUCCCGAGGAAUGCAAUAUUAAGGACGCCACUGUUCCGGAUUACAACGACAUGGAUAUCGACAACCCGAUCCAGUACACCAAGUGUUGGUUCAACUUGCCGCCGGCAAUGAGACAUGAUUAUCUCUGUGGGUGGACUGAAGAUUGA